CCUUGGGAUCCUUCAACUUCCUCACAACUCAAUGCUCCAAAACUGCCAACUCCACUAGAGUUUUCUCCCCUCCUACAGCACCGACAAAAUGUCUUCCAUCCAGCUCACAUUAUCGUCCAAAUCUACUUCCAACUUUGAUGAGCGCCAAUGGGUUAUUCAUAUCCGUCGAACGCUAGAGGAAGAGCUUGAGGAUGAUGGCGAAGUUCCUGUUUGCAUCUUCAAUGUCCCCAAGAUCCUUAUGGCAAAUGAUCCUGAUUCCUAUACGCCACAACAACUUGCCAUUGGCCCAUACCAUUGUUGGAGUCCGGAGCUCUAUGAGAUGGAGAGGUACAAGAUUUCUGCGGCAAAAAUAACCCAAAAGAAUCUCCACGGCGUUACGUUUGAAACUCUGGUUGAACAACUUACAAAGCUUGAGGAAAGGAUCCGAGCAUGCUACCACAAGUACCUGGAUUUCAACGGUGAAACUUUAGCGUGGAUGAUGGCCAUCGAUGCAUCAUUCUUGCUUGAAUUCCUUCAAGUUUAUGCCAUCAAAGAAGGAAAGUCCAUAUCAAGACUUUCCUCAAGGAUGUCACACUUGGUUGAUCAUGCUGGGAGGAAAUCAGCACACAAUGCAAUCCUUAGGGACAUGGUGAUGCUUGAGAAUCAAAUUCCACUCUUUGUUCUGAGGAAAGUGUUGGAAUUCCAAUUCUCGUCCUUAGAGGCUGCCGAUGAUAUUUUGUUUUCGAUGCUGAUGGGAUUCUGCAAAGAACUUUCACCAUUCAAGAUGGUUGAAGACAUGCCAAAGCUUUCAGUCUCAGAGUGCGCCCACUUGCUGGACUUUUUGUAUAACAUGAUCACACCCAACGUGGAGGAACCAUCUGAUCAAAUUAUCGAAGUUGAUGAAGAUCAAAGUGAAGCUACAACUGGAGAGGAAAAGUCUUCAUUAGAUGAUUCGAAAUACGUGAAACAGUUCCUCCGUGAGGUAUGGAAGUUGCUUUCAAAGCUAAAAGCAGGGCCAAUUCGUCUCAUAAAAAAGGUACUUGUAUCUAAACCUUUGAAAGUGAUAAUAAAAUUGCUUUGGACAAUCCUGUCCAACCUUCCUGGAUUCAGAAUCUUGAAGCAACCUGUUGAGAUCUUUUCCUCUAUCGGAGACAAAGAAGAAAUCAAGCCAGAAGAUGAGAAUUCCAGCUCCAACAACAUCAUUAGCAGACCUCCAUUGGUGGAGGAGAUUACAAUUCCUUCUGUGACUGAGCUCUCGAAAUCUGGUGUCCAAUUUGUGGCUACAAAUUGCUGCAUUUCAUCCUCAUCCGUUAGUUUCGAUGCUAAAACAGUUACAUUUUGCCUCCCUACCAUUAGUUUAGAUUUGAAUACUAAGGUUAUUCUGAGAAAUUUAGUAGCAUAUGAAGCAUCAAAUGCAACAGGGCCAUUGGUUUUCACUCGCUAUACAGAGUUAAUGAAUGGAAUUAUUGACACUGAGGAGGAUGUGAAGUUGCUGAGAGAAAAGCGUAUCAUUUGGAAUCAUUUGAAGAGCGACAAAGAUGUGGCAAAUCUAUGGAAUGGGAUGAGUAGGUCCAUAAGAUUGACAAAAGUGCCGUUCUUAGAUAAGGUGAUUGAAGGUGUGAACAAGUAUCACAAUGGAAGGUGGAAGGUGAAAUUUGGAACAAUCAUGAAGUUAUAUGUUUUUGGUUCAUGGCAGCUUCUCACUUUGUUGGCUGCAGUUCUUCUAUUGCUAUUGAUGGGAUUGGAAGCAUUUUGUUCAGUUUAUGGCUGCAGUCGAAUAUUUGAUAUCAGUCCCACUCAAUAAUCCCCUUGGUCUAACACUUUCUUUCUGAGAUUUUUCUCAGAAUCUGUGUGAUCAACAAAUUUAAGCGCUUGUAAGAAAAUUUGUAUGUGUGUGUGUUUUUUUCUGUUUUUUAGUUUUCCUGGAAAUUUGGUUUGAAAUGAUAGCAUGUAUUCGUCACUAUUUGUGUAUUGUGUUGGUAUUUUAUUGUUUCUUCAUUUUUCAGAGAAUGAGAUAUGGUAAUGAUUGCAAAGCUUGUAUUAAUUAAUAUUGUUAAUGGCUCCACGUCUACACAUAAUGGGAUGUUCGAUUUGUCUAAUUAAACUAGAAUCUAAGCAGAGAAGCUUUUGUAUUGUU